AAUCAGGCAAUGCCUCAUCCUAAUUAACUUGUCUAAUUAUAUGGGUGUGGUUUCCUGUGGGUUCACAACACACUCUUGAUUUAAAACUUAAAGGGGAAAUCGUAUUGGUUGUUUUUCUGAUUGGUAAAAUACUUUCUUUUGUUGAAUACAGCUUGUCAUGGCUGCUCAAGAGUCCACCAGAGGUUUGUCAGAUCUGCAUUCACAGGCACCACGUCACACCGUUCCUCCUACCUCCAGAGUUUUACACCACGAUGAACAGUUUCAACGGCACCAGCCCUUUUAUAUUCCCAAUCCUCAGCCUGUCCUGCCACAGCAGUGGCCCUUGUCUGCUCCCUACAUGCCCUACACUGGCUUAGGUUAUGGUAUGGUGAUGCCGCCACCAAUACUCUUUCCUCCCUGUCUGGAAGUCCCUGGGUACAUGUUUCCUCAUGCCCCGCUGAACAUGUUGGACUACAGACGUGUGACGAACCCCAUCACGGCUCCAAAUAUUGCCCUCCAGGCCCAUCGUUUCCGCUUUCACAACGCUGUGCCUGCCAAUCGGGUGAUGGUCAACUCGGAGGUCCAAACCGAGCCCCUGGGUCGUAGUUCUACACAGAAUUCCAAUGCGGGCUCCGAAUCGGGCAGAGGAACGGGCUGCGACUCUCCAAUCUCUGUGUCGGCCAGCUUCUCUGAAAACAAAUCUGUAGCUUGCCCUGAACAUACGCCUGUGUUCACUCGUAACCGAGUUGUCGCCACCAAUACUAUCAACACUUCUGGUAGGUCUGCGGUUCACAAAAGCGAAAUCCUCCUUCAGACAGAACGGGUCCAAAUGAAAUUCAGCGAAACUCCAAGGUUCAAAUUUGUUGGCGGCAAUGAGAACUCUGAGCUAGCUAGUCAAGAUGCUGGUGACCUUUUGCAAUGCAGUUUGGGCUCAAUACGUUCUGAGGAUGUCGUUUCAUGCUCUUAUCAGUCAUUAGCUUUUAGAAAAGAGAAACAGGGAGUUAAAGCUAGAAACCUCAGGUACUCAAAGCAUUGCCUUCCUGCUUGUAAGGAAAUGGCCAAGGUUAGGAUGUCUCCAUCUUGUGGUGCUUUUGAAUCUUGUCCUAAACCAAGCAGAUCAAAUGUUGCUGAGAGUUUUGAAGCACACAGAAGCUCGAAGUUUCAGAGAGCCUCCGACUCAUCAAAGGGCAAGCCCGAUGGAAACUCUUCCCAUAACGUUUGCUUUAAGAUCCUUCGGCUGCCCUUCGACAUGCAGACGUGUCGGCUAGAGGCAUCCAUCUGGUCAGUGGAGUCUCUGAUGCCUUAUGUGCCAUCCAGAGAGCAGCUCAUCAAGAAUGGUCUUGUGACCCCUCAGAAAAGUCCACAGAAGGCUCUUCAGCUUCCCUUUGACCCACAGACAUGUCAGCUAGAGGCAUCCAUUUGGUCAGUGGAGUCUCUGAUGCCUUAUGUGCCAUCCAGAGAGCAGCUGAUCAAGAAUGGUCUUGUGACCCCUCAGAAAAGUCCACAGAAAGAUCUUGGGCAUCCCUUUGACACACAGAAGUGUCAGCUAGAGGCAUCCAUCUGGUCUGUAGAGUCUCUAAUGCCUUAUGUGCCAUCCAGAGAGCAUCUGAUCAAGAAUGGUCUUGUGACUCCUCAGAAAAGUCCACAGAAAGCUCUUCGGCUUCCCUUCGACACGCAGACAUGUCAGCUAGAGGCAUCGGUCUGGUCGGUAGAGUCUCUGAUGCCUUAUGUGCCAUCCAAACAGGAGCUGAUCAAGAAUGGUCUCGUGACCCCUCAGAAAAGUCCACAUGAUGCUGUUCCUGUAGGGGACAAUCUACACAUUUGCAGGUCCAGUCGGCCUCGCAGUCGAAACUCAUCUAUCUGCCGUGAGUCACGCACGCCAUAUCGCCCUUCGACCAGCUGGCUGGCUGAUUUUGGUAAUGUAUACUACUACAGUAAAUUACCUGCUUUAAAGCAAAAGCUUUUUUCUCCAGAGAAGAAGCGACAUAAGUCGGCCCUUGAAAGUCCUUUGCCUGAAGGUAAGCAGGCCAUCGGUCCCGAGUUAGCUCUGCUCGGACAUAAGAUGGAGAUGAUGAACCAAAGACCAGAAGUCAGGAUUGGCACCUCGGAUCACAAGCGCUGUUCCAUUCAUUCGUGCAAGAGCACAGCAGCACACUGCAGCCCAAGACGUCUGGCGCCAGGCAUGAGGUCUGACUGGGUUUCUCAUUUCUCGCUGGAGGAAAAAAUCUCACGCUACUCUUGUAAAAACGAGACCAGAGGAAAAGAUCAUCAUAAAGUUUCAGACACUCUUUACUGCAGAAGAGAAGAGGAUGCUGUAGUGAAGACCUUUGACAAACACAAGGCUAAGCAGGAUGUCAUGAGAGCUCACGAUACCCAAAAGAGGAUUUUGGGAAAUCAUUUAGCAAAAUAUCAUCAGGCUAGACUAGGAGAACAACCUGACCUAUGUGAAAAUUGCAGAUGCCUUCAUGCCAGUUCUGCUUUUAAUAGAUGUGAUGAAUGUGGACGAGGUGUUUGUGAACAGAUUGAGGGAGAUCACUGUGCAUCACUGAGAUUGAGAGAACCUCCGCAGAGACCACAGAAAGGUACCAGAGAAAAAGAAGAGAGGACAUUGAGCACAAAUGCCCAGCGCACACGACCUAUGAAUGAUGUGAAAGCACAUUAAUAUUACAAACAUUUUCAGCAUUCUUAAUUCUUAUUAACUUUAAAAUUUUAUUCAAUGAUUUAAUAAAGUAUUUUGACUGCAAA